GGUGAGGACGGAGAAGGUCGAUGACCCGGCGGGGUCCCCGGGUGAGCCGGCUCAUGGCGGCGCCGGUGACCACAAGGUGCAGCUGUGUGAGGGGUUUGGGAUCCUCCCCGAAGAGCGGAAGGUCCCAGUCGUGGCUCACCCCUCCCUUCCCGGGACCUGUCUACAGAUCCAAAGCCCUCUGCCCUCAGCACUGCUCCAAAUGCAGCCUUCAGUGAAGCUUGACACUAAAAACGUGCCCUUCACAGUACCGCCCUCCGAUGCAGGUAUGCCAGAUGCUCCGUUUAGCAAGGACAAAAGGGGCCGUGUAAAGCGUCCAAUGAACGCCUUUAUGGUGUGGGCUAGGAUUCAUCGGCCCGGCCUAGCAAAAGCUAACCCGACUGCCAGUAACACGGACAUCAGUGUUCAGCUUGGAUUGGAGUGGAGCAAACUGACGGAAGAGCAGAAGAAGCCCUAUUAUGAUGAAGCUCAGAAAAUAAAACAAAGGCACAAUGAGGAAUUUCCUGAUUGGGUUUAUCAACCACGACAAGGCAAAAAGAAGCAGUUUCCACUGCCUGUCUCUGCUGUAUUUUCCAGCGCUUCUCAGACUAUCAUCACUACAAAUCCAGCUGGCAUUUGUCCCUUGCCGACGCCUGCUUCCCCUGUUGUCUUCCCCAGUGUUAAGAACAGUGUUGGACAUCCAGUCUGUGAGUCACCUUCUGCCACCUGCCUGCCGGCUUCUACCAUUCAACAUGCUGGUCCAAUUCCUCCUUUCCAGACUACUAGUGCAAGCACUGUAUCAGUGGCUGUUCCACCUCCAACCCUGCCCCUGCACCCUGUAAUUUCACCACAGCACUUUGCUGAACCUGCUCAGGCAGAAGCUCUCGAUAUAUCACCUGGGCUCAAUUGCUCCCUGAAGAUAUCUACACCUGUUUUCACGGAGAGCUUCAGCAGAAACCCGAGUAACAUAACCACCACUAAUGGCAGAUUUUCUGUCUCUAAUAAUGAGCCCCCAAACACGUAUCUAGGGCUUCCUAUUUUUCCUAGAGGUGUUCCUCUUCCCCCACCUACCCCUUUUCUUUACCCACAUCUCUAUGGGUCUCCUCCCGUGGGGCAGCCACCCAGUCUGUUUGGAGUACCUCCUCAGUUUUCAGUUUGCCAGCCUUACUUUGAACCUGGACUUCACUAUUUCCCCUCGAGCACAAGCCUAUUCAGCCAACCUCCGUUUAGCUGUGGAAAUUUCUCCAGCUCGGUGCCUGGAUGCCUUGGCUUUUAUGAAGAUAAGCACCAAAGUCAGCAGAUGAUGUUUUCAGCUAUGGACAGAGACUAUCCUUUCAGGGAAUACCCAAACGAGAGUGUUCGUGAGGUCCACGGCAGCUGUGAGAACCAUGAAGUAAUGUCCUGUCACAGCAGCUGCAACAAGGAGCAGUAUUUAGGCCCCCUACAACAGCAGGACACUGGAGAGUUGGAGGAGGUUUUGUCAGCCGUCUCAUCCACUCCCUCCAGCAUCCAGCUAGUCGUCGUAACUGACAGCGACGACGAAGAAUUAAAGUUGUUGCACUAA